AUUUUGGACCCGCUUCCUCAAUUUGGGUUAGGUCGAGUUUACGGAAAGUGUCGACAAUUUCCGAGUGUAGUUCCUCGUGAAUCGCAACAUCUCGGGGAAAUUUCCGGCUACACUCAAAGUAGAUUUCCGAGUGUUGCCGGAAAUUUCCCCGAGAUGUUGCGAUUGGUUCCUCGUUUACGGAAAGUGUCGACGAGUGUAGUUUGUCGUUUACGGAAAAUCCCGACAGCUCCCGAUCACCCCAUAGAUUCCCGCCAAAUCGCGCAACAUGGAGGCUGCUGAAAACGCUUGUGGAUACAUCCACGAAAUCUCCCCGGUGAAGCAAUCGGCAAAGGGAACAACUAGAUAUUUCAAUGCCACAUUACAAGAGGAGCAGUCGUUCACGUCAAUUGUCAGUUUUAACCCAGACACAAGGCAGACGUUGCUCGAUAUGGAAGCUUCAAGGUACGUAAUGUUAACGUGUGCUGAUAGCAGUGCUUUUGUUUAAGCUAGGUUCACAGUAAAUCCAGCAAAACUAACACCAUUUUGUUCCAAUUGAACAGAAGUGGCUUGGUCAGUUAUUUAUUAUGUAUCAUCGCUAACAAUAAAUUAUCCCAUUUGACAUAUCAAAACCAUUCGUUAAAUACGAGUUCCAGAAAAAAUAUUCGAAAUCUGUAUGAAUACGUCAAUUCUCAUUUGGGACAGGCUAUAAUAUGACGAUUAACUCGUGUGAAUAUUGUAUACGCGUGUGCAUUCCUCGUUUGAAAACUGAUCAUCUUUUAGUAAAGCAGUUGCUACAAAUUAACAAGACUGAACACAUCAAGUUGAUUUUUUUCUACAUUUCCUCUGUUUCUAGGAGCCCUGUAAUGCUUCAAAAUGUUACCAGAGUUCCCAGCAUGAGAAAAGCAGGGUCGUUUGAUAUCAAGCUCAAUAGCAGGACAAAUAUCACAACACCUGUUAGGAAGUUAAACUUCCGCUUUGAGCCACGACCAUCAGCUGCAGUACAAACCGUAGCAUUCAUCAUUGAAAACAUUAAGGAAUAUCAAAGGGUGAGACCAUACUUACCCAGGGGUGCCAAUUUUAACCAGAGAUAUACAGUCACUGUUGAAGUGAAAAUAUUACAGAAAGGUCCAGAAGAAACAGUCAUGGCAAAAGGAAAGCAACUCCUACUUUCCACACUUACAGUUGCAGACUCGACAGCAGCAAUUCAAGUGUCGUGUUGGGAAAAAGACAUAAACAAAAUAAAAGAAAGCAGUUCCUACAAAUUCACAAAUGCAACAAUAAGAACCUAUGGGAACACAAAGACUCUAUCAAUAUCCCCGGACACUAUCAUCAUGCCUAUAAAAGACCUUGCAAAAGUUUCAGAAAGCAAUCAGCCACUAGGUAGCAUUACAGAAACAAUCUGGUUACUCUUGUCCUCUGUAGCCUGCAGCGAAAGCUUCAUUUGUGGAUUUUGCAAAAAACCACUUCCUACAUUCAAUUCUGAUCUACUAACAGUGAAAUGCACCAUGUGCAAUCACCGCCAGAGAGCCAAAAACUUACCUUCACUCAUAAAAUGUGAAAUCUUCGGAAAAGAAGAAACAUCUGGGCAGCCUAGAACUUUAAGUGUCCCAGACGGAGUUCUACGCUCUUACUUCAACACCAAAAUCACCGCCGAAGAAGUCGAGGACCUACUCCUGUUGCUCGACACAGUAAAAAUUGAUGUUGUCUCCGACUCAAAUCGUGUCUUAAAACUGCACCAUUCAACUAAAACUAGUACAGCUGCCAAACCUGCACAAACAACGUCCGGGUCUGAAAGUAGCACUGACUGAAUUUUAAUGUUUUGCUAAAAUUGCACAACAAUGCCUAACUAGCAGCUGUGAAAGCUAUAUUUUGAAAUUUAAGUUUUUGAAUGUUUCCAUGACAUUGAAAUUAGAUACUAGUAACAUAACCCAGUUAGAUGCUGCAAGACUAUGUUUCAUUUAGCGUUUUUACAUGCAUGUCUUUAUCAAAAUUAAAUAACAGGAGCUGACUUGUGCCUGCAGCGCC